AAAUGCAGAACGAGGAAGGAAGGGUGUGGACGCAUUGUCCAACUGUGGCGAACCGAAAAAGUCGUCGUUUUCGCUGAUAUGAAAGUGGAUAUUUAGCCAGGCCUGCACUGAACCGUGGACAUGGAGAAGAUGGCGGCGUUAUGGCUUCUGUUUGCGGGGCUGAAUUUCGCUCUGGCCGCAGAUAUACCGCAAUACUUCAUGAAGGGCGGCAAACUGACGCUGGAAUUGAGGCCUCCAUCUUCUGAACCGAUCAGCUACAUCCUGUGGAAGUUCCAGGGUAACCUGCUGGGUGAAUGGGUGAAAGAUAAGGUUGAUUUGACCUAUUACAGCACCUUUCAGGGCCGCACAACCCUGGACACAAACACUGGACGUCUGGAAAUCAGCAGCAUGACUAAAGCUGACGUUGGGUUGUAUUCAGUGGAGAUCAACAACAAGCUCCAGCCUGAUCAAUAUAAGGCUGUGAUAAUCAAAGCAGUCCCCAAGCCUGAGGUAGUAAUAAGACCCUUGAUAUGUGGCUCUACCCCGGAGAGCUGUACUGCGACCUGUGACGGAGACACCACAGAAGCUGGACCCGUCACCUACAGCUGGAAGAUGGGAGACGGAGAGUGGAAGGAGUCGGGGAAGAACAUGGACAUCACCAAGGCUGACACUGCGGAUGUGAAGACCUUCUCCUGCCAGGUUAAGAACCCACUCGGUGAGAAAGAAAGUGAACGCAAAGACAACCCGCUCUUCGGGAAGGACGCGCCUGACGGCCUCGGUGCUGGGAGGAUUGUGGGUAUCUUUGUCGGUGUGGUCAUCGGGGCUACGGCUGUUGCGGCUGCGGGGACGGGUGCGGCGUGGUAUCUGAAGAAAGGCCCCUUCGAGAAUCGAGGCAGCACUAGCCCUGAUGCUGCAGCUGGACAGCCACUUAAUGCUAACGGCACUCCAGACGAGGCCCCUAGAGCUGAAAAUCGAGAGCAACCUAAUGACACUGCAGCUGAGGGAGUUCCUCUCGAGACUCCAGCAGACCCAAGCGCUAACGGAGACCAAAUCCCAUGAAGUACUGGAGCUAUAUUCCCCAUGGAGACACCAUCAGAUUUGUCCUCAGACUGCUUUUACUGCAUACAUGUCAAGACAACAUUCAUGUUUUUAUUAGCACUCAAGCUGUGUGCAUCAUCAACUGUUACUGACAGCAGAUUUUCACACUGCUGUCCCAAAGCAGUGAAGCUGGUCUGACAACAGACACAUGGUGUAUUUGUGUGUAGGUAUUUGCUCAUGGGAGCUGGGCGGUGUAGAACAAAAGUAAUUAGGAGAUAUAAAAGAAGGGAAGAUAGAUUUAUUCAGUGCCAAUUCAGCUACAUUUCAGCCCUCAAUUCAUAGGACAAACACACAUGAUCCAAAAAAUAUACGCCCAGCUCUGAUAAAGCCAUGCUUUAUUAUUUUUAUUGUUUUGCUAGUGACCAGGGUGGACUGCAGGAAAUACAUAUGAGGAAGUGUAAUACUCUUAAGAGAUGAUGAGCUCAAGCUGAAAAAAAAUGCUGAUGGAGGUUGGAGACUAACUGAAUGUGCCUUGUGUAAACAUACUGGGCUUUUGAGACCAGCAACAGAAGCGAAAAGAUGAUGACUUUUAAGUGCAUGGUCAAGGUUGAUGCAGCAACUCAUUUGGACCAUCUGUAUUUAUGAUAUGAAUAAUCUGAAACAGUCUGCUUAAAGUUGUUUGGUAAUCAUAUGUUUUUAUACAGUGUUUUCUGUAAUUUGUGCUCUUUUUAGCUUUUAUCUGUGUUUUUAUCCUCCUUUUCUUCAGUCAAGUAUCUUCCUGUUUGCACUUCAUGAAUAAGGUAAAGAUGAGGAAAACAAGCUUUUAAUGUCGCUGGUUUUUAAUUUAUUUUAUUAGGCUUUUUAAAGAUGGAGUGCCUUUUAAAUAAAUCUGUGGCUCUACUACGGAGACUGUACAUAUCUUUUAUUUCUCUUAUUCAGUGAUCAAACAAGGAAACAAAAAACAUGAGGAAAAGGGGUACAUGUACAUUUGAAUUUAUAAAAAAAAUGUUUUUCAGGCAGUAGUUCAGUUUCAUUUCAUGCUCAUACCGGUGUACAUUUGCAUUUAUGGAUUCAAAACUUAGCAAAUAAAAUGUGAAGAUUUAAAGUAAAAACACGACGUCCAUCCACAUCUUUUUAUUUUCAUAUAACAAAAAUAACAACUACUGUGUGUAGAUUAAUUUCAGUCCCACACGACUUUUUAAAAACGUAGAAUUAAACAUGAAAACCAAAAAUGCGUUUCCUGCAGAAACUGCGUGUGAAUGUCGACAGCUGAAUUUAAUUCAAAAGCAUCGCUGAAAAUGCAGGAAUGUAAAACAAAUUACCUGACAGAUCUGAAAAUCAAGAAGCUGAACUGCAUUAAAUGAAUAAGGUAGGAGCUGAAAUACAUCAUAACGAUGGUCGAAGAGCAAAACCUCCUAUCUGAAAAAUGCACACUGUUAUUAUGUGUCACAAUACCGACAAUACCUCACAAAAUGCAGGUAGGAGGUUUCCCCACUUUUCCUGGGUCAUUCUGCAGAUGGGAGGUUUUGCACUUUGGCCAAAAGGUUUGUCCUGUUAAAUGCAUUCGUAGAAUUAAAGUAGAAGUGUUUCUGUGCCAGUAUUAGAGGAUUCAGGAUUCAUACUUCACUUGUUGCACUGCGGACAGAAUAUUUGUCAGAACUUUCCAAUUUAUGUUCUCAAAGUGAUCGCUGCAGUGGUGCGACGAGAAGCUGCAGGGCAAUGUAUUAUAUGUCUAAGAAUGUUGUUACUGCUUUUGUCGUACUUUAUUUUGCUGCCAUUAAACAACACAUUUGCCAUAAACAAGCUCCACAAUUUCAAACAGAAAAGCAGAAAUCUUGUAAUUCUCCUGAGCUUACACAAACAUGUCAAAUCAGUGGUUCAGUCCUGCUCUCAUCAUCGCAAAGACAUUAAAAUAUGAGACCAUUUCUUCCCACCCAACAUCUGGAGACUCUUAUCUAUCUUCAUGACUACAUUAGAUUAUAUAAUAGUAUCACUGUGUAAUUCCCUGCUCUCUAAGAAAACAUCCCUCUUCGCCUUUAGCUUAUCUAAAAUUCUGCUACUAGGAUUUUGACUCAGUUAGGAAACCACACCUCACAGAUCCUGGCUUCCUUCACUAGAGUAGAUUUUAAGCUGUUACUAAUUACUUACAAAGCCCUCAGAGGCCUCGUGCCAAGUUAUCCGAUCUGUUAUUGUCCCUUCUCCCACCCUGAGAUUAAUUUACAAAAGUAAUACAGCCUUUGUUGUCAGAGUUCCUAGACGUCAGUCAGAGUUGCAAACUCUGUCUCGUCUUUAAAUCACUUUUAAAAAGCCACUUUUUAUGAAUUCCUUUUGGGUGAUUUCACUUAUGUUUUAUGACAUUGACGUGCAAAGUGUUUGGCUCUCUUGUGGUCUGUUUUUAUUGUAAAGCACUUAAACUGUGUUUUGAAAGGUGCAAUGAAUAAAGUACAAUAUUAUUAA